GGGAGGGCCUGGUAGGCCGUCAUGGCGGCGCUCGCGGUUAGCGCGGAGAGCCCAUGAGGAGGCGGCCCGCACAGGCCGGCCCUCGCCCGCUCGGCGCUUUUGGUGGUUGCGAAGGCAGGCAAGCAGGGAGGGCGGCGGCGCCGACGCGCCGGUCCUCCCCGCUUCCCCCCGGGCCAUGGCGGGCGUCUUCGACAUCGACCUGGACCAGCCGGAGGAGGUGGCCUCGGAUGAGGAGCUGGAGGAAGGGGGUCACUUAAGUGAAAGCAUGGACCAUGGAGGAGUCGGCCCAUAUGACCUUGGCAUGGAGCAUUGUGAAAAAUUUGAGAUUUCAGAAACUAGUGUGAACAGAGGCCCAGAAAAGAUACGGCCAGAGUGUUUCGAGCUGCUGCGUGUCCUUGGCAAAGGUGGCUAUGGAAAGGUAUUUCAAGUUCGAAAAGUAACAGGAGCAAAUACUGGUAAGAUAUUUGCCAUGAAGGUGCUUAAAAAGGCGAUGAUUGUACGGAAUGCAAAAGAUACAGCUCACACAAAAGCAGAGCGGAACAUCUUGGAGGAAGUCAAGCAUCCAUUUAUCGUUGAUUUGAUUUAUGCCUUUCAGACUGGUGGAAAACUCUACCUCAUCCUUGAGUAUCUCAGUGGAGGAGAACUGUUCAUGCAGUUAGAGAGAGAAGGCAUAUUUAUGGAGGACACGGCUUGCUUUUACUUGGCUGAAAUCUCAAUGGCUUUGGGACACUUGCAUCAGAAGGGGAUCAUCUAUCGAGAUUUAAAGCCAGAAAACAUCAUGCUUAAUCAUCAAGGUCACGUUAAGCUCACUGAUUUUGGACUAUGUAAAGAGUCCAUUCACGAUGGAACUGUCACACAUACAUUCUGUGGAACAAUAGAAUACAUGGCCCCUGAAAUUUUGAUGAGGAGCGGGCACAAUCGUGCUGUGGACUGGUGGAGUUUGGGGGCGUUAAUGUAUGACAUGCUGACUGGAGCACCCCCAUUCACUGGGGAGAAUCGGAAGAAAACGAUAGACAAAAUCCUCAAGUGUAAACUCAACUUGCCUCCCUACCUCACGCAAGAAGCCAGAGAUCUGCUUAAAAAGCUGCUAAAGAGAAAUGCUGCCUCACGCCUAGGAGCUGGUCCUGGAGAUGCUGGAGAAGUUCAGGCUCAUCCAUUCUUCAGACACAUCAACUGGGAAGAGCUGCUGGCUCGGAAGGUGGAGCCCCCAUUUAAACCAUUACUGCAAUCCGAAGAGGAUGUGAGCCAAUUUGAUGCAAAGUUCACUCGUCAGACUCCCGUCGAUAGCCCCGAUGACUCAACUCUCAGUGAAAGUGCCAACCAGGUCUUCCUGGGCUUUACGUACGUGGCUCCCUCCGUACUUGAAAGUGUAAAAGAAAAGUUUUCCUUUGAACCAAAAAUCCGAUCACCUCGCAGAUUCAUCGGCAGCCCACGGACACCAGUCAGCCCUGUAAAAUUCUCUCCGGGGGACUUCUGGGGACGAGGUUCUUCUGCCAGCGUGACAAACCCUCAGACGCCUGUGGAGUAUCCGAUGGAGACAAGCGGGAUGGAACAAAUGGACGUGACGGUAAGCGGAGAGGCCUCAGCUCCGCUUCCCAUCCGGCAAACCAACACUGGGCCGUACAAAAAACAAGCCUUCCCCAUGAUUUCCAAACGACCAGAGCACUUGCGCAUGAAUCUAUGACACAACUGAUGGCAAAUCAUUUCCAAACCUGCUUGGGCGACGGAAGGGAUGGCAGACCUUUGCCGGCAGCCCCCUUCCCAUCUGCGUGAAACAGGAGGGGCUUCUUGUGACUUCUUUCUCAGAGCGGCAGCGUCGAGGUGGGUCACUGCGCAAAGUGGACUGGGAAAGAGACGCAGAAUCCCAUGGAUCAUCUCCCCCCCCCCCAUUUUUUUCCUUCUCUGAAUCAAUGGUGCAUAAAAAAAAAGGACCUGAAGCGAAAUGGUUUUGAAAAGCUGUAGGUCCAGCAGUUAAAGAGAUUUGCAGUGUGACGUCCUUUGCAGUUGAUCAAGGGUGAUAAGCUUGCAGCUGACAGUGUUGAGAGUAGAACGUUGCCACAGCGGCAUUCUGUCAAAGGGGUAGCCCGUUUCACGGGGCUAGCGCACACAAUGCCUCCUCCAGUACUCGCCUCUCAAGGAUUAAUUCGCAUGCAGGCUUAGGAUGGCUUCCUGCGGUGGUGUGGAAUGGAAGAUCCAAGAUAAAACUCCACUAUAGGUGUUCCACAUGCAAAAAACCCCCACCCCAAUCUAAAGAAAUGCGUUUUUAUAUAAAUAUAUAUAUUUUUGAAUAGAUUUUUUUUCUUUUUCUCACAUUGGCUCAUUAUGGAAAAUAUCCCAAACUUGGAAAGUGCAGAAUUAUUGGUUUGAUGCAUAAAAUAGAAAAGCGGACUUAAAUUUGUUUUGCUACGGAAACAAUGAAGUGGUGAAAAAGAAAACAAUACACUGUUAAUUAUGUUGUUGGGAUUGGUGGGUGGGGUGGGGAAGGGGGAACAUACCCUGCCUCUACCCUCUCUUGCUACAAGAAGCAGAUCAGGUCAUCGUCUAUGCUAAAACCUAACCGACAUGGAGGCUGUGCUCUCCAGUCUCACACCUCUGGUGUCCCCUUGAGGUUCCACACAAGCAGGGGCCCUCUCCGCCGGCGCUGUGCAUGCAUCAAGAGUCCCACGGAGCUUUUGAUUGGUGCCACGAGCUUAUAUUUGUACUGUCGUGCAUUUCAUCAACCCAAGCAGAAACUCUGCUGGUUAAAAAUUUUCCUCAAGAUUCCAGAGCAUACUCAGAUUUAUCAAGCCACCAAAAAAGAUGUUAACAAAGUUGGAAAAGGGGUGUGGUGCGCGCGCAAGCAGGGACGUCAUCGGCGUGUUACCGAUUUAGAAAGAAACAAUUAUGCUGGUCUUGCAAGUCAGCGGCAGUGCUUGCAGAGAUGGUUUGUUGAACAUGUCUCUGCUCCAUUGUGCAUUUCCAUGACAAAUUACAAUAACUGUUUUCCAGUGGUGGGGCUGUCCAUCUGCUGAUUGUAUUUAAAAACAAAACAAGUAUUAAGAUGGCCUUCAACGAAUGUCUUCCAGAGAACUUUUUGCAACUUUAAUUUUAGGAAACGUUCUAUAGAUUUACUAUUUAUGUUUCUGCGAUUUGUUGUUGGAAAAGCAAAGCAAAACAAAAAAAAAUCUGUAUACGUGACUUUACAGGUACAAAGAAUUAAAUAAAGGUAUCUUUACCUUAACUUAAAAAUACUUCCUGCCUUAAAGAAUUUCCAUGGACGUAGCUGGUGAAAAAAGUCAUCAGUGAUCGGCAGAGCUUUCCGCUAGGGCAGCGUGAGUGUGCGUGCGCCUUUGGGUAAUUGUGCGGCUGCGUAAAGUCCCUGGUGCUGCUUCGUCCUGCUCGUUAGGUUCUUCUGUCUGUGUUCGUCCUGCUAUUGUAGGGAUAAUUUUUGGUUUUUCUUUCUGAGCCAUAGGAUCCAAGCCAUAACUCUUCUCAAAAACAAAAAUAGUCCAGCCAGAGGCUUCACUUUCCACAAAGUAGCAUGGGAAGGAAAUAAUACAGAUGCGCAACCUUGUCGUAUCCCCUAGGAGCAUCAUUUUUUUUUUCUGUUCUUCUGAGCAGUGAAAUGUCAAGGGUGCAAUCUGGUGACCACAGUUGCCAGGCUCACUUAGAGCAGCAGUCAAGGAUCUGGCUCCUGCUGGGUUUUGUUGGGGUCUUAGCCUUAAAUAAAGCAGCCUUGCAGCGUAGGAGCCACUUUCCCUCGUGUCACCCCAGUAGUGCUCGUGUGUCUGCAUCAUGUGGGAGAAGCAGAUUGUGUCGGCGCUGUGCUCCCCAGGGCAGCGCCCCCAAUGUCUUGGUCGGCUUCUGCCACUGGAAUGGUCAGAUUUGGACAUACAGGUGAUAUUGGAGCUGUCCGGGAUGUUGCUGUGAGGCAAUUCCAUACCUCUCAGGAAGGCUUAGAUUGACCCUAAGGCCUAACUCACACAGGUGGUAGCUGCUUUUGCCUAGUGUGUAUUUGUUGGGGGGGUACUCAGGGGUGUGGGGACAUGAGCCGUGCAGUGGGAGCUCCCUCACGGGUCCCCGUGCACACAAACCUUAGGGGUGUGACUCCUCCUCCCUGGGGAGGAAGAAUCACCUGACCUGUAGGACAUCAUGCGGAGCAUUUGCAUUCUGCCUGACAUUCUCAGGGAAGGGGGGGCACAAGACUGUCGCUGCCCUCAUCUGACCCACACCCUGGUUGUGGCUGGAGAGUGUGUGGCUGUCUCUGGGGGGCGUUGAGGUUCGGUGGCUUUCCCCUCUUAGUUCUUCAAAGGGAAGGGCUGCCUGAAGGUGCUUUGACUCUAUAGAUGUCAGACAUGGCACAGAUCUCCCCCCCCCCCCCAAUUUCUGCAUUCAAAAUACGCUCUGAAAUAGCAGCUGCUUUCAACUUUGCCUGCGUAGAAGCAGCGGUAGUUGCAGUGACAGCUGGCGCUUGCGUAAAGGUGAGACCUCUAACCCUGCUAAGGACCUCUGCUACUCAAGUCUCAGUGAACUUGUACGGGGUUCCCCUCCCCCAUAAAAAGGGACACAAUCUCCCAUGAUCUUACCAUUCUGUCCUGGCAGGAUAGGACUUUUCCAGUGGGCCUGGCUAUACUAUAGCUGGCAGAAAAUGUGGCUGUGUGUGGUAGUUUGAGUUCACUGCUUGUAUCCAGUUCUACCAUUUUACUAUGUGUUUCACGUUAUAGUUUCAUCCUCUUAACUGUGAAUCCUUUUUAUUUUGGAAAUGCGACUCGGGUCAGCAAGCACACACUAUGCAAUAUGGGUUAUCCUGUAUUUAUUUGUAUAAAAGAAGAAUAUCAAAAACCUUGAUUUUUGUGUAUAUAAUUUUAGUGACAGUAUAUAGUAGUUACCGAACUUCAAAGGGAGUGGUCUCUCUCUCUCUCUCUCUCUGGCACAGCUAUAUCAGAACACUAGCCUAUGGAAUGCAGUGGAUAUCGGAGAACUUAAAAGUGCUUUCUUUUUUAAAAAAAAUUGUCUUAAUUUUUCUUGGAGUAUAGCGAUUAAGAUUUAUUUUGUACAAGCUGUGCUUUUUUAAUUAUAAUCUUGGGAUCUUUGCUAUAAUUUGAUUUUUAUAGAUUUUUGUACUGUUAUAUUAUUAAAAAAAUAACUGGGCGUAAUACUUGGUAAAGCUAACCACAUAUUAAGUAUUAAAACUUGAUUAACUUGAAUCCUGUUUUGUUUCAGCCCGAUCCAUGAUGUUUUGAAAGUAGUGGUAGUUCUGCAGUUCGUUUUGAAGAGUGCAAAAGUACUUGGGUCAGCUGGGCUGGGAUUUCUCCCACCCAUGACACAGAUCUGGGGUUAGGGUGGGAGGUAUUUUAAUUGCUUUUUGUAGAACGAGUGAUGAUUUUGAUCUCAGUUAACUUAGUAAACGGGGGGAUGUUGAGCAAAGUCCUUUUCAGGCUCUCUCUGUGUGCCAUCUGCAGCCUGGUCCGUGCAUGCAAAACAAGGUGGUAGAAAUAGACUGUAGGUCUUGGAUCCCUGCUUUGAACGACUCCUGCCUACAGAAACGUGGCACACAGCAGGGGGAAUUGUUCUGCUCUCCUGCCUGCUGGUGUCACAGGGAGUUGGGAGUAGACGAGCAUCCCAAAGCACUGUCCGCCACCUGUAGUCUGAAGAUGUGCAGCCUGUUCUGCUGUCUUAUUUCCCUCCGUGUAUGAGCCCGGCUUGAUAUACUAGACUUCUGUCAGGGUGUCGCUACUUGCUACAACCUCCAUUUUUUAAAAUAAGUUUGCAGUGAAAUAGUGUCAGGUGAGCUAGACCAGGUACAGUGGGGCCGUUCACCAUCGACCUGCUACUCCUUCCACUGUCCCAACAGUCAUAUGUCUUUAUGAAAUGGGGGUUACCAGUUGCAAAGAAAUACAGCUGGUACCUCGAGGGGGGGGUAGUGGAAGGAUAGCAGAGACAGUGACUAAAGAUCUUGGGGGGGAAGGCCAUCUCGUGAGGAUGAGGGAUUGUGUUUUGUAGAGGCCCAUGGGCUGGCUUCAUAUACUCCCCUGGCCAGGAGUCCUGUGUGCAGCCUGAAGCGUGUGCAUCUCAUCAUUGUGAGUUUAUGUUUGCUUUUACCUUUCGGGGAGCUGCUUUGGGUAUGUUUAUCAUGGUAAAGUGGCGUAACAUGAUCUAGAUUCUCUCCUUCACCUGUGGGUGCUACAGACCAUCAGUGGGGGGGGGGUAUGUGUGGAAAGAACACCGUGGACCAUUGUCCAGGGUGAUAUAUGGGUGGGUUCUGUUUUUCCUAGAGGUCCUAACAAUCUAGGGACUUUCUUGCUGUGGACAUCAGGGAAGGAAACUGCUCUAAAUUUGAGCCAGCUAUCAUUAUUCUGACUUUGUCCCCAUUGUAACAGAGUGAAAAUAAAACAUCCCAAAUGCCCAUUCACUCAAGGGGAAAUCUCCCUUCCAAAGCCCCAUUGAAAAGAAAUUGGAAAUUGGGCUUUAAUGGUGCUGAGUGAUCAUCUGUGAACUUGUAUUAAAACCAGCAUACGCACCUUCUUAUUUAGGGGUGAGCAGGGGAAAAGAGGGUUUGGGUUCCAUCUCAAGCCUAUAUGUUAUCACAAACUGUGCAAGUGUCUUUGGGAAAUAACAUUUCUGCAUCAGUAUCUGAUCAUUUGGGGGAAGAGGGGAAAGGAGGGGGCCGGAAACGGGGGUGUGAAUGCAUGAGUGGUUCUCAUCUGUACCUUUUUUUUCCAACAAAAAAAGGAAGUGUUCUUUCUGCCAGACCUGAGCUGGUUUUUGUAACCAUCUGUAAGAAUUGCUC